GAGGCAGUAGAUCCCAUGUAUGAGACAGAGCCCAGAGCUGCUGCCGGAGAGAGCGCCGAGGAGGAGACAGAGGACAGCAUCAUGUCCCCCAUCGCCGUAGGCCCCACGUCACCUCAGCCCAACAACGAGGAGUUCACCCCCAAAGAGGGCUCACCCUACGAAGUCCCUGUCUACAUUCCCGAUGACAUUCCCAUUCCCAGCGACCUGGAGCUUCGCGAGUCCUCCGUCUCAGGGGCUGGCCUCGGGAUCUGGGCCAAAAGCAGGAUUGGCGCUGGGGAAAGGUUUGGGCCAUACCAUGGAAUGCAGAGCGCCACAGUCAAAGAGACCAGUUAUGGAUGGGAGCAAAUGCUCAGUGACCAUGAGGUUUCGUCACAAGACAGCUGCAUUAAAAAGGUCAUCGAUGACAUGGGGAAUGUGAAGUUCUGUGUGGAUGGCACUCAGGAGAGCAGCUGGCUGAAAUACGUGCGUACAGCCCCAUCAUACGAAGAGCAGAACCUAACCAUCUGCCACCUCAGUGGAGAUCAGAUUUAUUAUAAAGCUAUUAGGGAUAUUGAAGUUGGGGAGGAGUUACUGGUUUACAUGAAGGACGGAGUCUUUCCCGAGGGCUCCAUGGCACCCAACCUGGAAGAUGAGCAGAUGUACCGCUGUGAGGACUGUGAUGAACUCUUCUCCUCGAAGUUGGACCUGCGGCGACACCAGAAAUACUCCUGCAGCAGUGCAAACUCCAUCUUCGGCUCGCUGAGCACAGACUUCAAACAGGAGCAGGAGGACAGGGACGAGCCAGUGCAUGAAUGCAAAGACUGUGAGAAGAUUUUCCCCAGCGAGUACAGUCUGGGUCAGCAUAUGAUCGUUCACACAGAGGAGAGGGAGUAUAAAUGUGACCAGUGCCCCAAAGCCUUUAACUGGAAAUCCAACCUCAUCCGUCAUCAGAUGUCUCACGACAGCGGAAAGCGCUUUGAGUGUGAAAACUGUGAUAAGGUGUUCACAGACCCCAGUAACCUGCAGCGCCACAUCCGUUCUCAGCACGUCGGUGCCCGAGCCCACACCUGUCCUGAGUGUGGCAAGACCUUCGCCACAUCCUCAGGCCUCAAGCAGCACAAGCAUAUUCACAGCAGUGUCAAGCCGUUCAUCUGUGAGGUGUGUCACAAAUCCUAUACUCAGUUUUCCAACCUGUGCCGCCACAAGCGGAUGCAUGCUGACUGCCGCACACAGAUCAAGUGUAAGGACUGUGGUCAGAUGUUCAGCACUACCUCCUCUCUAAACAAACACCGUCGAUUUUGUGAGGGGAAGAACCAUUAUGGCCCUGCUGGCAUGUUCACUCCAGGUAUUCCCAUGACCUCCAACCCUAUACUGGCCAAGUCCAAGUCACACCAUGGCCUCAACCACGCUGGACUGGGCUUCAAUGACUACUUCCCCUCUCGGCCACACCAUCCAGGGUUGCCCUUCUCUCCUGCGCCACCAGGCUUCCCCUCCCUCUCCCACAGCUUCCCAGGGAUCUUUCCACCUUCACUGUACCCCAGGCCCCCAUUGUUACCUCCGAGUCCCUUGCUGAAGAGCCCAUUGGGGAACAGUCAGGAUGGGAAGCUCUCUCACAGUCCUCUGGAAAACCAUCCUCUGUCCAUGAUCACCUCCAUGAACAACAGCAAUGGAGGGCCUGGCCUCAGUGGCCAAACGGAAGAGAAGAGCGAGUCCAAACUGGAUCUGUCCUCCCCUCCAGAUGUUAAGGGCAAGGUGAAAAUGAGUGAUGUGUCGGAUGGCAGUGAUCUGGAGGACGUGAACACCACCAGUGGUACUGACCUGGACACUACCACUGGCACAGUGUCAGGCUCCGAUCUUGACAGUGAUGCUGAGAGCGAGCGGGAAAAAAGCAGGAGGAAGGUAGUGCAAGAGCCCAAGCAAGAUGAGGUGAGCAGCAGCUCAGUGUCCAUCUCCAGCGCAGGGAACAACCUUGCAUGUGAAAGACCCCUUCUGUCCUCCCAGCACUCAUUCUUCCCACCCCCUGACGAGCAGGCGCUGCCGGCAACUGGAGCCACCACGGAUUCCAUCAAGGCUAUCGCAUCCAUCGCUGAGAAGUACUUUGGCCCAGGCUUCAUGGGUCUUCAGGAGAAGAAGAUGAGCUCGCUCUCCUAUCAUUCCAUGUUCCCCUUCCAGUUCCUGCCCAACUUCCCACAUUCCUUGUACCCAUUCACUGACCGGGCACUUAAUCCUAAUAUGUUCUACAAACCCGAACCCAAGUCACCUGGCGAACACGUACAGAAGAUGACUGCUGCUGCUGCCGACUCCCCCUUUGACCUCACCACCAAGCCCAAGGAAGUGAAACCAUCACAGCCCCUGCCCGCUGGCAAGCCAGCUCGACCCUCAAGUACACCCCAGCUUCUUCCUGGUGAAGAGCAACCACUGGACCUCAGCAUUGGCAGCCGAAGUCGGGCGAACCAGAACGGAAGCGGCACACCUGAACAGCGGAAGAACCAUGUCUACGGUGUCUGUAAAGUCUCUGUGAAAGACGACCAUCCUGGACUGGCCCAGUCACAGAACCUGCGCCAGCCCCAGCUGACUCAGCACCCGGCAUCCAUGCCCCAAGCCCCCACCCCUCAACAGCAACCUGCCCUGCAUUACGCCAAACCCUCACCCUUCUUCAUGGAUCCCAUUUACAGCAGGGUGGAGAAAAGGAAGCUGCUUGAUCCUGUAGGAGCUCUGAAAGAAAAGUAUCUCAGACCCUCUCCACUGCUCUACCAUCCUCAGGUGUCUGCAAUGGAGAACAUGACUGAAAAGUUGGAGAGCUUUGGUGCAUUGAAACUGGAUGCCCCCAAUUCCCUACAGCAUCCCUCCCACCACGUCUUUAACUUCCGCUCCCCUCCACCCUCGCUGUCUGAGGCCAUUCUACGCAAAGGCAAGGAGAGAUACACCUGCAGGUACUGUGGGAAAAUCUUUCCCAGGUCAGCUAAUCUUACCAGGCACUUACGAACACACACAGGAGAGCAACCCUACAGGUGUAAGUACUGUGACCGUUCGUUCAGCAUCUCCUCAAACCUCCAGCGACAUGUGCGGAACAUCCACAACAAGGAGAAGCCCUUUAAGUGCCACCUGUGUAAUCGCUGCUUUGGUCAGCAGACUAACCUGGACCGCCACUUAAAAAAACAUGAACACGAAAACAUCCCAGUGAGCCAACACUCUGGGAUGCUGUCAAACCUGGGAACAAAUAUCUCCUCCCCAAACUCAGAGCCAGAAAACCAUGCACUUUUAGAUGAGAAGGAAGACUCGUACUUCUCCGAAAUUAGGAAUUUCAUCUCCAACAGUGAGCUGAACACAGCCUGCAGCUCGACAGAGAAAAGGUCAGACAAGGCAGAGGAGGAGGUGCACCCUGAAAGUCAUGCUCUGUCAAGCACCAAACUGAGUAGCGGAGAGCCACUGGAGGAGGAGGAAGAAGAGGUGGAAGGAGAUGAUGAAGAUGAGGAAGGUUCUCUGACCGAGAAGUCACAGGACGAGCCGGCCUCCCCUGCUACCAUGGUGCAGGGCCCGUUUGAGGAUGAUGAGGAGUCAGGCCCCCUCUCUCUGAGUUAUGAGCACACUCGCAGGUGUAUUGAGGAGGAUUCAGCCCUAUUAGGUCUGGAGCCCCUCCCUGGGUUUGCCAAGGGCCUGGACCUCCACCAUAAAGCCGCAGAAGAGCCCUUUGACGUUAAAGACAUUUUUAACACCUCGCUAGAGUCAGAGGCACUGAAAGAGACGCUGUUCAGGCGCGCAAAGACUCAGGCUUAUGCAAUGAUGCUCUCUCUGUCUGAAAACAACCCUCUACACUCAUCUUCCCAGAAUUCCCUGGAUGCUUGGCUGAACAUGGGAGGAGGCACUUCAGAAACGAGCUCCUUUCACCCCCUAAACCACAUCUAA